AUGGUUGCCAUUACUCCUGCCAUUCUUGCCAGCCUGUCCAUCCUGGGGAUGGUUCAGAGCGUCAUCGCCAACUCUGCUACUGAGGCUGAUUCCUUGGCCGUCGUGCGAGGCAUCUCUGACACCUUGUCCGAGGAGGUUUACCACGACAAGCGUGCCACCGGCAAGCUUCCUAAGCCUAUCCGCAAGGCUGGACAAGCCGCUAUCAAGGUUGCCUCGAAGCUUCCUGGCAAGAAGCACCUCAAGGCUGCCGCUGUCGGCGCCGAGAAGAAGGCUGUCAAGGCAUCCAUCUCUGCCUCGAGUGCGAAGAACAAGAUCAAGAAGAAGCUUGGGAAGCGUGAUAUCGAAGACCUCGAGGUCUACUACGACACUCGUGCCACGGGCAAGCUUCCCAAGCCCAUCCGUAAGGCCGGACAAGCCGCCAUCAAGGUUGCCUCAAAGCUCCCUGGCAAGAAGCACCUCAAGGCUGCCGCUGUCGGCGCCGAGAAGAAGGCUGUCAAGGCAUCUAUCUCUGCCUCGAGUGCGAAGAACAAGAUCAAGAAGAAGCUUGGGAAGAAGGACCUUGAGUCCGGCGAUAUCGAGAUCCUCGUGAGCCGUGACGCGAUUCCCGACCUCAUCGCUCGCUCUGUCGCUGAGAACUGGGACUCUGAGAUUUACUACGAUAAGCGCGCCACCGGCAAGCUCCCCAAGCCUAUCCGCAAGGCUGGAUUGGCUGCUAUCAAGGUGGGCUCGAAGCUUCCUGGCAAGAAGCACAUCAAGGCAGCUGUUAGUGGCGCCACGAACAAGGCUGUCAAGGCAUCCAUUGGGGCUUCCAAGGUGAAGAAUAGCAUUAAGAAGAAGCUUGGCGGCAAGCGAGACCUUGGUGAGGAUUACGAUGUUGAAGUUCGCGACUUUGACGACGAGGUCUCAUGGGAGUAA